ACGUAUAGCGAGCAGUGCUGCCGUCCCGUGUCCUCCUGAUCCAUCAUUUGGUGCCGCAGUUCUGUUGGUUGUUUCCCGUCGUCUCCCUCAGCACCUCGAUUAGGGCAUUGUGAAAAAGGUUGAGGAGAGAAAGAAGAGAUGGCUGGCCACAAGAUCGCUCACGCCACCCUGAAAGGACCGAGCGUCGUGAAAGAGAUAGUGAUUGGUAUCACCCUCGGGUUGGCGGCUGGUAGCUUGUGGAAGAUGCAUCACUGGAACGAGCAGAGGAAAACAAGAGCCUUCUAUGAUCUGCUCGAGAAGGGUGAGAUCAGCGUUGUUGCCUCCGAAGAGCAGUAGAAAAGAACCCUCUCUUCUCACUCCAUUAGUAUCAACUGGGCAGCUUCUGCAUUGGUUUUUCAUUAUCUCGUUCCCCCGUGUUUUGUUUUUUCCAGAAAUCUCAGAUGGGAUUUGUAAGAAAUAAAUUUAACUGCAAGUUUUCUUUGGCAGUCUCUGCAAAGUUGUUUGGAAUUUAUAAAGAGAAA